AUGGAAAAAUCAAGAAUUACUUGUAGUAAAUUUAUUGAUAGAGAUACCUAUGUGAUAAAGAGUAGAAUUACUGAAUCUACUAACCUUAAUUUAGAAAAUGUGGAUUGGCAUAAUUUGUGUUAUGCUACUAAUUCAAAUAUUAAAAAUCCAAUGACUGGUAUUAGAGAGAUUGCAGUUCCAUGUAGUAAUCAAAUUAAUCCUCCAGAUGAAGAUGCUUCAGUAAAAAUUGUAAUUAGUGAUGCUCUUGGAGUUAUUUUUGAUGGAGAGCCAUUAGCCGGUGAUUAUCAUGAUCAAAAGGAUAUUCCAAGUGAAAAUGAAUAUUCUAUUUCUUUAAGAAUUUAA